GGUCAUGCCUACCUUGAAACUCAAUAUCUGUCCUUCAAUGAGACGUCAGAAUUUCUGUCGCAAGCCUUCAUGAAGCGCGUUUCAUAUGGGAAACUGUCACCUGACGCGGUCAGCAUCUCUGCAAUCAGCGGCGACCGCCUGCAGUGUGACGGUCCGAUGGCCGGGUGUGGCCAGCGGCGUCACACGGCUGUCACGAGCGUCACGGGGCGCAUCUUCAGCUCACCACCGUGUCACCAAAGAUGAUGGUCCUUACAUGUGUGUUGCUGGUGUCAUCGUAUUUGGUCGGGCCGGCGAGCGGCCACGGUCGCCUCUGGGACCCUCCGUGUCGUGCCACCAUGUGGCGAUGGGGGUACAACACGCCGGCCGACUACAACGACAACCAGCUCUUCUGCGGCGGAAAGGACCACCAACAGCAUGACAUGGGCGGGAAGUGCGGCAUCUGUGGCGACCCUUACGACGAGUCUCAGCCGCGCACUCACGAGAUCGGAGGGCCCUACUACAAGGGCAUCAUCGUCAGCAACUAUACCGUCGGCCAGGAGAUUGAGGUGGUCGUUACCAUCACAGCCAACCAUCUGGGCUUCUUCCAAUUCAAGAUCUGUGAAGUGCCCGGCUUUGACACCGAGGCCACACAAGAGUGUCUGGAUAAGAACAUUCUGAAGCUGGCUGGCUCGGACUCCACCAAAUACUACAUCACAGAUGAGGUGCGCGAUUUCGUGGUCAACCUGCAGCUGCCCGAGGACCUCGAGUGUGAACACUGCGUCUUCCAGUGGCGGUACCACGGCGGUAACGACUGGGGGCUCUGUCCAAACGGUACCGGAAUGGACGGCUGCGGCCCCCAGGAGGAGUUCUACGGCUGUGCCGAUGUCUCCGUCCUGCCUCCCGGUGUCAUCGAGCCUGUGCUCACCAAACUACCAGUCAACUAGAAAUAAGAGGAACGACGGUGCAGUGUGUUCAGUCUACUGCUCUUCAAAAGAGCAACAGCCGUGUCCGAUGCCAUCACUUCCAUUCAACUCUGGCAUCGUUAUCGUUGGUGCGAUGGAAAUAUUCGGGUCUUCAAACUCAAAGAAUGGUUAUAGUUUGUGAUCGAGUGUCUGGAUAAAUAAAUACACUGCAAAAACAGAUGUGGUUUUUA